AAUCAGACUAAGCGCGCACUCACGAAGGACUAAACAAAAAAGGAAACCAAGCUAAGCAGCUUGGAAACAAAGGGUUAAUGCACCAAAACGCAAUUUAUUUACCCGCGUCCAAACUUUUUACACGUAACAAAACUGAAGUUUGUGAAUGUGAACGUGAAUAAUCUGUCAGGUAAAGAGGAUCCCUUUCUGCGACCCAAUGUGAGUUUAAAACUUGCUUGAAAUUGCAGGUUUUCUUCCUAACGUUUCUUCAUUGAAAAAUUUCCAUGUCUCAUCUUUGACUUUAUUAUCGCCGUGUCAUUUCCACACUUACCAUCACUGUGCAAUACACCUGAAGAUGUAUUUUCUGCUUUUUUAAAACUUAGAAGAAUACUGGUCAGCUUUAAAUCAAGUGAAUUUUUUUUGCAAGGAUCCAGAUGAAAAAAUACCAGGAAAACACUGGACUGGGAUGUCUAAUAAUGUCAAAACAUAAAGUACGAAUAACCUUGGAUACAGACACAAAUAACUAAAUUCAUAUGGCUUGAAGGGUAUUCUCAAGACUACUCCAAACGACAUCAAUGGAUUCCUUUAUGAUGCUUGAAUAUAAUAACUCUUAUGAUGGAAACUGGACAGAAAAUAACAAUGGAACAGACAUAAAUCAAAAGCACCAGUACAAUUUCUAUGCAAUGCUAUUAACAUUGCUCAUCUUUGUCAUUGUCUUUGGGAAUGUCUUAGUAUGCAUGGCAGUUUCCAGAGAAAAGGCACUUCAGACUACAACAAACUACUUAAUUGUCAGUCUGGCUGUGGCAGAUUUGCUGGUAGCUACCUUGGUUAUGCCAUGGGUUGUUUAUUUGGAGGUUGUUGGAGAGUGGAGAUUUAGCAAAAUUCACUGCGACAUUUUUGUUACCUUGGAUGUCAUGAUGUGCACAGCAAGCAUUCUUAACCUCUGUGCCAUUAGCAUUGAUAGGUAUACAGCAGUUGCAAUGCCAAUGCUAUACAACACAAGAUACAGCUCUAAAAGAAGAGUGACUGUGAUGAUCUCUGUCGUCUGGGUCCUGUCUUUUGCUAUAUCUUGCCCUCUCUUGUUUGGUUUAAACAACACAGCAACAAGAGAUGAUGCCCUGUGUGUAAUUGCAAACCCUGCCUUUGUGGUGUACUCCUCUAUUGUUUCAUUCUAUGUUCCUUUUAUUAUCACACUUCUUGUGUAUGUCCAGAUUUAUGUGGUCCUUAGAAAGCGAAGGAAGCGUGUUAACACAAAACGUGGCAGUCAUGGGAUGGAUUCUGAAAUGCAUGCUCCUUUGAAGGAUAAAUGCACACAUCCAGAGGAUGUUAAACUUUGCACAGUUAUUGUUAAGUCAAAUGGGAGUUUUCCAGUAAGCAAAAAGAAAGUGGAAGCUGCACACCACCCUGAAGAUUUGGAAAUGGAUAUGAUUUCCAGUAGUAGCCCUCCUGAAAAGAUAAAGCACAAGCAAGUAACUGUGAAUCACCAGUUAGCCAUGCCAGCAACCUCCAAUCAAUGCGUAGGAUCUACUUUGCCUUCUCCUUCUGACAGUCCUGUUAAAGCAGAGAAGAAUGGCCAUACAAAAGAAAUCCCCAAAAUAGCCAAAGCUUUUGAGAUCCAGUCAAUGCCGAAUGGAAAAACAAGAACAUCUAUUAAGACAUUAAGUAAAAGAAAGCUUUCACAGCAGAAGGAGAAGAAGGCCACACAAAUGUUAGCCAUCGUACUUGGUGUUUUUAUCAUAUGCUGGCUGCCAUUUUUCAUCACUCACAUUCUUAACACGCACUGUACAAAAUGCAAAGUUCCACCAGAAAUGUACAACGCAUUCACAUGGCUUGGUUAUGUCAACAGUGCCGUGAACCCGAUUAUUUACACCACCUUCAACAUAGAAUUCCGGAAGGCUUUCAUGAAAAUACUUCACUGCUAAGAAAGCUGAUGGACAAAAAAUAACUAUGCUGUAAAUUAUUACCAAGCAAAAGCUGGAAAAAUCCCAAGUCACUGGACAUCUAUUAGCACAGAUUUGUAUGAAAAAGGCACAUUGAUUGUACAUUUUGAAAAUAUUUUUCUAAGAAGAGAGAUGUCAGAUCCGUACUUCUCCAUGGGAAGGAGUAUUGCAAUGUAACACAAUCAUUGUUUCUUACAGUGAAGAAUACUGAGCUGAUUCCAAGGAAUUUUAUGGAUUUAUGUUCCUUUUUUGAUGGGAUUUUUGUUUCCUUGCUUAUUUAUUUGCCAAACUUGAAACCACAGUGCAUUGUGACAGAUUUCAAGACUAAACCAUCAAGUCAAAGGUUAUUAAAGAAUGUCAUAGAAAAAAAAAAUCAAAUCAAUUCUUUUUUUAUUGCCAUUUAUUAUAUGUUUUGCAGAAGUCAGCUGAAAUGAGCACAAAAAAAAUCUUUUAAAUAAAAACAAAUAAGGGCAAGCAACAGUUUUCUGCCAUAGUUUGAAAAUGUACAAUGUUAAGAAGCUGCUAUUUAAAUUUAAUCUUUCAGUAUUAUGUUUUUUAAGGGAACAAGUGCAUUUGACUCUUAGUAUGAGAGACACGGACUAACAAACUGUCACAUGCCUGGGACUGUAUAUAAAGAAUAUUGCCAAUUAAAAUGAAAUUCAUUACGCAUGACUUUUGCUAUUUCAGGAGUUGUGAAAUAUCACAAUAUGGGUGCACUUUAUUGCAUCUGAACAACAGUAUCAGUUUUGCAGAAUGAAAGACAUUAAUUAUUUGAUUAGUAAAUAAAUGUUUUGAAAGAGUAGCUAAAAGUGUAAAUAAAACAUGAAAUAUAAGCCCAUGUCAAAAAUGAUAAAACAUGCUAAAUUGUUUGUGAAAAAACAGAAUCAUUAGUAUUACUGAUCAUAGUGUGUUUCAGAAAAUGUAACAGACAUAGUUUCAUUAAACUGUAUGCACGGCACUUAGUCUGUAAUAAAACAGAACGCCUUUAGCAAGCAAAAAAAAUUCUAAAAUAUAACCAAAAGCAAUUGACUGGCACUCAAUUUUUAUAUUUUCAUUUUCAUUCACCACUUUUUUGGGAACAGCUAUUACAAGGAUUUGUUUAAUAAAAUUCUGAAAAUACAUCAUUGUUUUAAUAUAUUAUCACUUAAAAACUAUUAAGUUACAGCUUAAUUAGCUUGUUACAGCUUAUUGUUCUUAUUAAUCCAUUCUCUUGAGAUCUUUUCUCUUAUGUGUUCUUUUCUUUAUAUUUCCAUUAGUAACAAUUUAAAUGAGUUUGCACUAAUUUACAUCAGUGAUGACCUCUGAAUAUGGCACAAUCCACACAAGACAAACUGUUUAACAUGAAUACGUUGGGCCAAAUUUGUGAGAUUGAUUGAAGGAACAUAUUUGAGAACUUUCAUACUUAUCUUUUAUGGUCAAAGUCCAAUUGAGACUAUUUAUUUAUGUAUUUUUUGCAUGAAUAAUGCAAAGAAAGAAAGACAACCACUCAUUAUGAAUUUGAACCCAGCCAUACUGGAUAUAUUGAUUUGUUCCUUUUUAUUUAAAGGCUGUUCAUUCUGUAUUAGUAGACAAAAUUAACAAUGGUCUCCCAAUGAUCUUUUUAUAGACAUAAAUUAAGGAAAUGGAAGAUAUUAAAUCACAGUUCACUAUAUCAUUGUGACAUAAAAAGAAUUUGGUUUUAUCAAUGUUUGUUUUUUAUUGGCCUGCAAAAUUUUUUUAAAAAGGUAUUUGAAAAGUAUUUCUUCUUACUUGGUAUAGAAUGUCACUCACGUGCAUUUAGGAGACAGCUAAU